GUUCGUCCAGGCGUCCCUCGCACCCACCCGCCUGCUGCUUUUGAUACCGCCUACCUCCACCUACUUCUGCAAAUAGCGAACCCGAAAACUAAAUAAGUGGUGCCAUUUCCGCCCACCGCCCACAAUGCUGAAGCAACGUACAGCCGCAACAGCAGCAUCCGUCUCCGAUAAUGCCUACCGAGUCACCCGCCACUCCGAAAGCACAGCCAGCGGAGGCACCGCGACGCUCAUCAACAGCUACCCGCAACUGGCCUCCACCUACCCUUUCUCUCUAAACUUCUACAUCGACCCGCCGCCGUACGAGCUCACCCUGACUGAAUUCGAAACGUUCGCGCUAGACAGGCUGCGGAUGCUCAAAGCCGUCGAAACCGCCAACCUGCGCUACAAGACCCGCGAGGACGUGGCGCACUAUAUUCACCAAUGGCUGCAGGAACAGAACCUGAACCUGACCCGCAAUAUCCGGGUGCCGAUCGUGGGUCAGCAAGCGGUGUUCCAGGAACGCAAAAGGGACCAUGUUGGGCAUUUCAUCCUCCGUUUAGCGUACUGCCGCACCAUCGAUCUGAGGAAAUGGCUGGUCAAGCAGGAGACGGCGUUGUUUAUGCAUCGGUUUAAGCAAGAGGAGCAGGUCGAGCGGGAUCGGUUCAUCCGCCACGUGAAGCUGGAUAUGCAGGUGAUUACCGCGGCGGAACGCACGGAACUGGCGGCGGAUCUGCGGGCUACGCAUGGGUUUAGCGCCGACCAGCUGCAACAGACGAAUUUCUACCGUGUGCCAUUCGAGCAUGUGUUGAAACUGGUGGCCAAGCGACGGGUGUUUAUCAAAGCCGGAUGGGCCUACGUUCCUGAACGCGACCAGGCGAUCUUGGUCGCUAAUGCGUUCAAGAGCCAUCUUAACGAUGCGCUGGAAGCGACUGCGAAAGCGCUGCCGCGGAUGGACGAGGACGACCGGCUCGUACCCGUCCUUACCUCUAUCUCCAAACAGUACCUGUCGAAAGCCUACACCGCCGACGGCGCCAACGCCUCCAACCGCGUCAACGCCAGCGAUGUCGACGGCCUCGUCGCGCACUUCCCGCCCUGCAUGCGCAACCUCCACUCCGCCCUCCGCCGCGAAGCGCACCUCAAGCACGUCGGCCGUCUCCAACUCGGCCUAUUCCUCAAAGGCAUCGGCCUGCCCAUGGAGGAAGCGCUCGUGUUCUGGCGCAACGCCUUCCACCGCAUGACCGACGACCAGUUUCAAAAGGGAUACGCGUACAAUAUCCGCUACAACUACGGUCUCGAAGGCAAACGCACAAACUACACCCCAUACUCGUGCGUCAAGAUCAUCACCUCCAACCCGCCCGGCCCGCAGGACGCGCACGGGUGUCCGUUCCGACAUCUGCCCAACUCCCUCGUCAAGGACAUGCUGCGAUCCUACGCGGUCUCGGAGGGCGGGGUGGCGGAGAUUGCGCAUCUGGCGAAAGAGGGGCAUUAUCAGGUUGCGUGCACGAAGCUGUUUGAGGCGACGAGGGGACAGGCGCAUGAGAUGGCGGGGAAUGCGCUGGCGGCGAUGCAGGCUGGAGGCGCGGCGGCGAUGGUCCAGACGAUCGAGCACCCGAAUCAGUGGUUUGAUUUGAGCAAGGGUGCUGCUGCUCCUGGUGCCAGUAGCAACACUGCGCAGGGAGCCGUUAAACCGGAAGUGAACAAAACGACGACGACCGCACCGGCGCCUACCACAACGACGACUAAACCGGUAGACCCUGAUGAAGAGUCUGGUGACGAUGAGUUUCCUGAUGAUAUGGAGAUUGAUAGUCAUUUUGAGGAGGUCGUUGCCAAGGCAGAGGAGAACAAACAGGAGGAAGCCAUGCGGUGA